AUGACUGAUAAAGCUUCUGGUGCCAAGCGCACACCCGUGAUGGGUCCCGGGGCCUCGCAUCAUCUUUUCGUCGGAGACCAAAAAGACGGUGCGCCAGAUGGAGUGUGUGCAACGGCAGUUAGGUAUGAUGGGGUGUUUCAGUGUUGGGAGAGAAGGCAGGGCGGGGGGGGGGUGGAUAUGGAGACUUUUCGUUUUACUGGGUUUUAUGGGAAUCCUGAGAUGAGGUUGUGUCGGCAUUCUUGGGAUUUACUACGACGUAUUGCAGGGUCUGUUCAAGGGCCAUGGAUUGUAGGUGGGGAUUUCAAUGAAAUUCUUGAGGCUCAUGAGUACUUUGGUCGCCAUUUCCGACCCAUGUCACAAAUGAGGGCCUUUCGGGAAGCUCUGGAGGAGUGUGGUUUGACAACUAUUCGGUUUCAGGGGUAUAAGUUUACAUGGUCUAACCGAUGCCAAGGUGGCUAA